UAAAUUGUUUUUUCAGAGAAAUCUUUCACCUGUUUUUUGGAAGAAAUUUCCCCCCUUUUCAUUUCCCAGCGAUGUCAGCUGAAUAGGGUUGUGUCAAUGUCGGACCUCCAUAACCGCGAGAGCUCUGCGUGUUUUCUCUUUACGGAGUUUCAGAAUCCCAACUCCGACAAAAAUUUAAGUCUCCAGUGAAUUUGUUCAAUCACAGUGAAUAAAUAGCUAACGAAAACGGGGGAAAAUCAUCAUUUUCAUCCCAAACAAUCCAAUCAACCAACCCUAUAAUCGAACCUACAAACCAACAGCUACAAUCAGCUGCCACCGCUUCAUUUUCCAACACUGGAAUCACCAUUCUAAUAACAAUGCCGAAGAAUUUGACAUCCCAUUUACCUUAUCUCUACAACAGCAGGAAAUUCAGCAGCAACAGCACCCAAAUGCAGAUUCAAUAGCAGCAGUAACAACUAGUCAGUUAAUGGGACAGAUUGGCCAGCUGCCUAUGUUGUAUGCUCAAGCUAUUACAGCCACUGGCCAGUUUAAUUUGCAAUCUCAACUUUUGGCUUCGCGGGGCACAGCCAAGUAGAAGACAGGACUAAUCCCGGGUUCUCAGUUUCAUCGUGGGAAUUCCCAUUGACAGCCUUUUCAGGGAAUGCAGGCAAUGGGAAUAAUGGAAUCUCUCAAUUUGAGCUCCUAAGUCCUAACUGAGAGCAAAUGGGGCCCUUGCAUAUGCCCAACAAAGGAUGAACCAAGGUCAACUAAGGCAGAAGUUGUCUGGCAAACUUCAUUCGCCAACAGUCAGAAGGACAUCAUUCGUGAACACUUGGUUACCCGGGUUGAACUAGAAUGGGCAAUUUGCUUUAAUUCAGAAUGCUUCAUCACAACAGCUGCAGUGGUUGAAGAAAACGCCUAGAAUUUCUUCUCCAAAUACCUCCUCCUAUCAUCUUCAACAGCAGAGGCAGCACCAAAUGCUUGGGCAGCAAUAAUUAGCUUCAUCCAACAAUUGCGUCAUAAUUCAAUGGGUUUGAACCCACUACAGUUAUCCCAAAGUGUACAGCAGCAGCAGCAACUGGGGCAUCCUGAGAUGCAUCAGCAGCAGCACCAACAGCCUCAGCAGUUUUUGCAUCAGCAGCAGUCUUCUCCAACAAUGGCUAUCACUACUGGCUUGAAGUCUCUGAGUUUGACUGGAUCAGAACCCGACACUGGAUCUGGAAUGACGACUUCUGGGGGUAGCUCAAGCCAGGGGAAUGAGGCAAGCAAUCAGCUUCUUGGGAAGAGAAAGAUACAUGAUUUAGUUUUACAGGUGGAUUCGCGGGGCAAGCUUGAUCCUGAAGUUGAAGAUCUUCUUUUAGAGAUUGCUGAUGACUUUAUUGAUUCGGUUACUACGUUUGCUUGCAAUUUGGCAAAACAUCGGAAAUCUUCAACUCUGGAGUCCAAGGAUGUAUUGCUACAUUUAGAGAAAAAUUGGCAUUUGACUGUUCCUGGCUAUUCAACUGAGGAUAAGAUACACGAUUCAGAAUAUUCACCAAGUGAUCUCCACAAAGAGCGUUCGGAAAUGAUAUACACCAUGAUGGAGGCCUCACCAGCUGAAGCAAGUACAAGUAGCAGCAGUGACGAAACCAUCAGUCCGGGGCUGGAUGACCAUGUUGGUUCCAGUGACAUAGUCGGACCACAAAGUGCGGAGCAAUCGGUUUCACAGUCAAAUGGUCAGAUAUAAUGCGACAGUAAAUGAGGUUCUGAUGUCCCUGGAAUUUGGUAUACCCCUCACUUCACUGUAAUAAAUACUUCUUCUAGAAUGAGGUCAACUUUAGUUUUGCUUGUCUGAUUGAAGAACUUAAACAUAGCCUGUUUUGAAUUUGCAUGCCCGUUUAUGUUAUUUGAAUGGUUGUUCUCC